CAGGACCAAUAACACCAAGUCGGAAAACAUAUUACCCCCGACUCUCGUUGCAACGAGCGAAGAGAUUACCUAGUCUCGGAACUGUGUAGGAAUCCAGGGUUACCUUGAUUCUAAUAGGUCAAGCGCGGCUCAACGAGCCUUUCUGAGCAUCAACAACUUGUCACACAGUUUACCCGCGGAUUCCACACGAUUCACCAUGGCCACUUCCCAUUACCAGAAAUUAAAAGGAGAUGCCGAUGGAGGUGGAUUCCAUGGAGAGGAGCACAGCGCUCAAUCACAACCAAAACUGCGAACAUGGGAUUGGCGGUCUCUCCUAGUUGGCGUCGCUCUUGGCUUUGCGUUGGGUUUCCUGACGUCCUGGAUUACAUCGAUAGAGCCGAAGGAUAUAUGCACACGAAAGAUGUCAACAUGGUCUCCUGCAUUGAGCAUAUACGAUGACCAACUAUCUAUUCAGCGCUUUAACGGCGCCCUCAGGGACCCUAACAAUUAUCGUGGGCCCCCAAGUCCGGAGAUCGACGAGGCGUGGGAUGAGCUCGUUUACCCCGCGGGAGGUCUCGUCCGCUUGUCUAAAGAUCAACUUGACAGGAUCAAUGCAUCCGAAUAUGCGGCCGAGUACACCCCUGAAAUGGGUGGCGGCUAUAUAGCGGGGAUAGAGGUAUUUCACCAGCUACACUGCGUGAACAUGCUUCGAAAAGCGACAAACAUGGAUUAUUAUCUGCCAAAGAUUGAGGAAUGGAAGGACCGUAAAACAUUGAGAUACCACCUGGACCAUUGCAUUGAUAUGCUGCGCCAAAAGCUCAUGUGUGAUCCAGAUGUAGGUAUGGUAACAUAUGUCUGGGCCAAGGGCUGGAAACAAGCAUUCCCAGACUUCAACACCGUUCACAAAUGUCGGGACUACUCUAAGGUACUCGAAUGGGCUCGUGCCAACUACGUGCAUGGGAGGAAUGUCGCAGAUAUUGAACGCGCCCCGGGGGCUCUUGAGAGGGAGACCCGUCCGUGAUAGUGUUGAUAUGUUGAAUAUUGAAUCUCGAAGUUAACAGACUCUGAACGGACUCACUUGAAGACUCGAGGAGACACCCGCGAAUGCCGUUGAAAAUAAUCGUAGUACGGCUAGCAUCGACUGGCAUGCCCUGGAGAUCUAACUAGUCUUAUGGUCAAUAGCCAAUCUAACCUAGGGAGACGGAUCGGGAUGGCAAUA